GCUCGCAUACGGAUCCUGGCUUCAACGACGCCAAACGCCACAGUAGAAAACGUUCUGACGUAAAUUCUUUCACGGUAUACGUGUCAGAAAAUAGACGCCGCGAAACAAAUAUUCCUGAAACUAUAGAGAGAUAAAAAUCAGUUUAUAUUGUUGAAAAAAGUGAAUUAUAAGGAAAUUUGAAUAUCAAAAAUGUCAAUCAACAAGGAUAAGCUUAUACGUAUGAUGUAUGAACGGCCCAUUAUCUGGAAUCACAAGCAUGUAGAUUAUCGUAGUGGUCUGCAAAAGCAACAAGCUUGGAUUGAACUAGCCACCGAGUUUCGUAUGACGGAUGAGGAAUUAAAGAAAAAAUGGGCCUGUGUACGAGACACAUUCAGGAGGGAAAUGAGAAAAAUUCUGAAACUCUCCACCGAAUCUGAACCAUACGUAUCAAAAUGGCCGUAUUUCGAUAAGAUGCUAUUUCUCAAAGACACAAUGGAUGCAAGAAAAAGUUUCAUCGACGAGACAGAGGACGAUGAGAUCAUUGAGGAAAUGAUUGAAGAGACUGACACCUUCCUCUCAAAGCAAUCGCCCUCACCUGAAAAGGAUACACAAAUUGCAGUCAAUGAUAUUCCUUAUACAUUUGGAAAUUUUCAAAUUGUACCAAGAAAACUUUCCAUUCUCUCCGAUCCAAUGGCGUACGUUUGCACCGAAAAUGAGCCCAGUAGAAAGAGAACGGCGAAAAUUGCUGAAAUUAAAUUAGAACCAGAGGAUAUGUCACCAAUAAAGCAAAAACCGAGUGAUAUCGUUGAGGACGAUGAUUAUCAUUUUGUCAUGAGCAUUCUACCCAGCUUGAGAAAAGUUUCAAAUAAAAUGAAAGUUCGAAUGGAUAUUAUGAAUCUUAUUAUAUCCGCUGAUAAGAAAUGAGAAAUUUAUCAAGUGCAGUAAUUUUUUUGUAUUUUUAAAUUAAAUUCUCUUUUUUUAUUUUUGAGUUAAAUUCUCUUUUUCAUUUUUGCAAUAAUUUCUAAAUUGCAUUCUUUGGUUUAUACAUUCCACUGCUAGACAAACAACGGAAUAUGAAUUAUUAUAUUCUCGUACUCAUUGUUGACUCUUUUAACCUCUGAAUGAACUUUGCAUUGCUUUCAAAAGUGGCCUAUUUACAAAGCAGCGGUUUGUGCGUCUCGAUUGCCGAAUGUCUUCAAAAAUCUCUUUACUUAGAAUUUAUUUUGAAAAAAAUAAUCAUUAAUUAUUUGUUAUAUUAUUUAGAGAAAAAAAUGUAUUUUUUUCCAAUUAUUCUUCAAUUUUGUUUUCAAUUUAUUUUUUCAAUUUUCUUCAACA